AUGGGGUUCUUUUCUACCGGGGCCUUGUUGCUGUAUUGUUCCUUGACGCGGCACCUAAGAAGUAGUACGACAAAAGGACCAAAUCACGAACGCGUUGCGGAAAAUGAUAUGACGGAGGGAGAUGACAUUGUGAUCGAUAAUGCACCCUUUUUAGUCGCAAAUCACAAGGUUUUGCCUGCCAUUGGUACACGUAGGCCCUUGAGGAUCGCAACUAUCAAAGCCAUAGGAUACAUCGUCUACGGCCGGUUCAUCGCACCGGUCGUUCUUUCUCCGUGUCCCUCGGAAAGACGGGAGGCCGCGCGACGGGAUGUUCUGGAAGAUAGGACUAACGCAACCAAGAGCGCAAACGAGGAUCUCACCGCUUCGUGGACGCUUGGGAACGGACCUUUUGUCAAUAUAAUCUUCUCUCUCGAUGUCGGAUGUUUCCCCGUAACGGGGUUUAUUCUUGAUCUCAGACACUAUUCACGUCCUGCUCGUUACUGGGGUCUGAGUCGCCGAGCUGCCAGCGCCAUGGUUAAUGGAAAGAAUUCUGAAAGGGGAGUCAGCUCGUCUAUCGUUGACCAGAAGGACAAAAAUGGACCGCAGGUUAAACCUCAUCACUCCCACGUGACGUUUCGCCCUUUCCGACGAAGUAAAAUCGGUAUCAAAUUACUCAUCAAGAAAAUCAGCUUGUUUGACGCUAUCUACGGUCGGGUUUCUACCUUCGCUGAUGACUUGGCUGAAGGUAACGGGUUAUAUUGUGGACAUCCGCGAGAUCGGUGUCUCGGAAAGACUGCGAAUUAUCAUUAUCCUGGCUUUAUCGAUGCGUAA